AGAGAAGGCAGGAGAAUGAUGGGUGUACAGGCACUUCUGAUUGCUCUGCUGGUGGCUCUUCUGAUUUUGGUCUUCCUGGGCCAACUCUGGACACGCAGACACUACCCUCCCGGGCCUCUUUCCCUUCCUUUCAUUGGAGGCGUGUGGAGAUUUGGAAUUAAACUACAUGAAGAUACUUUCAUUAAGAUAGCGAAGCAAUAUGGAAAUAUUUGCUGUGUGUGGCUAGGACAUCAGCCUGCGAUAGGCGUGUCUGGAUUCCAAGCUGUGAAAGAAGUGCUGAUCAACCACGCAGAAGCAUUCUCUGAGCGACCACCGUCUCCUUUCGUAAAAGCUGUAGGAAGAGAAAGGGGGAUUCUACUUUCAAACGGCCACACCUGGAAGCAGCAGAGACGGUUUGCUGUAGUGACUCUGCGGAAGCUGGGAGUGGGGAAGAAAGGCAUGGAGCACCAAAUACAAGAGGAGGCCCAGCAGCUGGUGGAGAUUAUUGCACAUGCAAAGGGGCAGCCACUUGACCCUUCCUUGCCUAUCACCAAUGCAGUCUCCAACAUGAUUUGUGCAGUGACAUUUGGACACCGGUUUCCUCUUGAAGAUGAAAAAUUCCAGAAACUGAUUGACGCUCUUGACAUUGCCUUAAAAUUUCCAGGCUCCAUCUCUUUUGUUUUAUAUGAAAUGUUUCCAUGGAUCUCUAAGCAUCUUCCUGGACCUCAGAAAAGGGCACUGACUGCCUUUCAGUUUGUGCUUUCAUUUGCAAGGGAGGAGAUAGAGAAGCACAAGGAGCAACAGUCCUUUCAUGAGCCACAGGAUUUCAUUGAUUUCUAUGUUCUUCAGAUGGAGAAAAGCAAGAAUGACCCCAACUCUACCUAUGAUGAAGAGAACCUGGCUCAGUGCAUUCACGACUUCUUUCUCGCGGGAACAGAGACAACUACCACUUCUCUGAGAUGGGCACUUCUCCUCCUGACAAAUCGUCCAGAUAUCCAAGAUAAAGUCUACAAGGAGAUAGAAGAUGUUUUUGGUUCAUCACGUUCAAUCUGCUACGAAGAUAGAAAGGAACUUCCCUACACUAAUGCUGUGAUUCACGAGAUGCAGCGUUCAAAAUAUGUCUUAUUAUUUGGGGGAUCAAGACGAUGUUCAAAGGAUGUGAAAGUGAACGGUUAUCUCAUUCCGAAGGGGGCAUUUAUUUUUCCAGAUCUGCGCACUGUUCUUUCCGAUCCAAAGGUGUGGAAGACUCCUGAAGUGUUCAACCCAAACCAUUUUUUGGACAAGGAUGGAAAUUUUGUAGAUAGAGAAGAAUUUUUACCAUUUGGUGCAGGGGCUCGGGUGUGUUUGGCAGAGCAGCUGGCAAGAAUUGAGAUCUUCAUCGUCUUGACCAGCCUUCUGAGGGCAUUCAGGUUCCAGCAGCCAGAAGGAGUGGAAAAACUCAAUCCAGAUCCUGUAAUAGGGUUCACAUGCCAACCCCAUCCUUUUAAAAUCUGUGCUGUUCCCCGUUGUUGCUCAUUGUAA